UCCAAACACAAAGGGUAAAAAAACCCCAAGUCUGUGGAAUUUCCGGAGCUUUAUCUAUUUAUUGACGAUCGAGUAACCACGACAGACGCAAUAUGCCGAAGCUGAAGAACUUGCUGCCCAACAUAUUUGGCGGUAGCAAGGAGGCACCAAGUAUGCAAUCUGAGGGGCGACUGGAAACAGAUGCAGCGCCUGUCGAUGAUAGCGGGGCAGAUAACAAUAAUAGUGGAGCCUUGGCGCUGCCGUCCAUCAAUACCCCGACAGCCUCAGCGGAUCUGACGGAAUCGGUAUUGCGGGAGCUUUCCGACCCAAACUACAAUUCUAUGGAUGUUGUGCAGUCCGCCAACAUUCCUGGGACCGGCGGGGACCUCAGCACAGUCAACACGAACAACACCAUGAACGUCCACAGUGCACAGCAACAGGUGGUUAUGAACUUCUCAAAUGCAAGCAAUCUACACUUUGGCUCCGUGUACAACUUUAACAAAAAUCUAAGCGCCAGCAGCUCGCGGAAGAGCAGUACAGGCACAAUUGACGAGGUGGCGGUCUCGCCAGACGGUAAACGUUCCAAUGGUACGCGCAAGACUGUCAGCAUAGUGGCCAUGAUGCAGUCUCAAGAUGAGCCGGAUCCGCGGCUGCUGGACGCGGUGGCUACCCAUUUGGGCGAGGGAUGGAAGCAGGUGAUGCGGGACUUGGGCCAUUCUGAGGGCCAGAUUGACCAGGCCAUAAUUGAUCAUCAAAUGCACGGCAAUAUCAAAGAGGUGAUUUACCAACUUCUGCUCCAAUGGGUACGGAGCUCUGAGAGCGGCGUGGCUACCGUCGGACGACUCACAACGCUGCUUUGGGAGUCACAGCAUCGCGAUUGCGUGCAGCGCUUGAAACUGGUUUGGAAGGCAUUAGAGAAGCGCAAGACGAACAGUUAGCUGAAUGAUCACGUCCACUCCAAACGAAAAUGAUCUAUACGAUGCACUCUUUCAACGAUCAACCCCCUUGGAAAGAGCAAGCUUUAUUAAAUGCUUUGUUUACUCUCUUUGAACGGGAGAGAGAGAGAGGCCAGCAUUCAACCAUUUGUGCAAUAUUUGUUUAAAUAAUCCAAACAUUCGAAUAAGUACAUAGAACUUUGUCCUAAAUCAUUUAUAAACCAGUUUGCCUUUAAGAUGUGAUAUUUUUUCGUAAAAGGGCCCACAUAACCACAAACAUACAAUGUACUAAAAAAUGAAUUUUGAAUUUUGAAGCACUGUU